AGUGUUCUGGAAGACGCGGCGCAGCGAAUAAAACACAUGCGGGUUUCAGAACAUGUUCAUGUAAAAUAAGAGAAAUUGAUUUUAUUUUAUUACGGGGGGAUUAAAGCCGAUCCAGCUGUUGCUGUUGCGCGUUAGAGUGGGUUACAGAAAAAGGUCUUGAGUUUUUUUUGUUGUUUGUUUUUUUAAAAAAACGAAAGGACAGGCCUUUUAUUCCUCUUUAACCCCCUCCGCUGUGUGAGUGUGUGGAUCUUUUUUUGCCCCUCCUGCCCCACUAUCUGCCCCCCCUCAGGGGUGAGUCGGGCCCUUACCGCACAACCACGAGGCGAGGAGUGGAGCAGCGGGAAACGGGCGGCAUGGCUGAGUUUGGGAACGGGCUGGCGGAGGAGUCGCUGCUGGACUCAGACCCCGGGCAUCCGGAGCUGGAAGACCCGGGCGUGGGCGACGAAGAGCCGGGCUUGGAAGAGGGAGAGGCCGCUAUCGAGGACCCGGAGCUGGAGGCCAUUAAAGCCCGUGUGAGAGAGAUGGAGGAGGAAGCGGAGAAACUGAAGGAGCUUCAGAACGAGGUGGAGAAACAGAUGAACCUCAGUCCUCCGCCUGCUGGUCCUGUCAUCAUGUCCAUUGAAGAGAAGAUGGAGGCAGAUGGAAGAUCAAUCUAUGUUGGGAAUGUGGAUUAUGGUGCAACAGCAGAAGAGCUGGAGGCUCACUUCCAUGGCUGUGGCUCUGUUAAUAGAGUCACCAUCUUGUGUGACAAGUUCACAGGACACCCCAAAGGGUUUGCAUAUAUUGAGUUUGCAGACAAGGAGUCUGUUCGGACAGCCAUGGCGCUGGACGAGUCCUUAUUCCGAGGGAGGCAGAUAAAGGUUGGGGCUAAGAGAACAAAUCGGCCCGGAAUCAGCACCACAGACCGCGGGUUCCCCCGGGCCCGUUUCCGUUCACGUGGAGGGAACUUCUCAUCUCGGGCUCGAUACUACAGUGGCUACACACCCCCUAGAGGCAGAGGACGGGCCUUCAGGUUUCAGGACCAGUGGAGGCUGACCACCCCGCCCCCCGUGGCCGCAGCGCCCCCUACUGUCUCGGCAGCGUCUCUAUCUCUCUCUGCUCCUGCUAUACACACUCACCCCAUCCUGUCUGUGUGGGGGGGAGGGGGAGGGGGGCAGGGAGACCACCGGCCCACUGCAGGCGGCAUUUACUACAGUAGUAACAAGCGCUGAAGCUUUUACUCCCCCCCCCCCCCCCCAACCCCCCCUCCCCCCCAACCCCCUUCACCCCACUGGCUGACAUGCAUCAGGCCCACACAAACACAUACACGCACACUACACACGUCCACCACAUAUUUAAAAUGGCGACAGCUAAAAGCUGCACGAUGGCUGCAGCAGCUGGUUUAAAAUUGCAAGUGAUUGAGGCAGGAGCAGAGAGGGGUUAUUAAGGGGGGGAUACAAAAAAAAUGUUUAGGAGCCCUGAAUUUUCAGCACGCCGUGCAAUUCCGGCACGAUUCGAGGACUGACAUGUGGGCCACAGGAAUCGGCUAUUUAAAGAAGGAAGGGUGCAGAGCUUUUGCCGGAACGGGGGGGAGGUGGGAGGGGGUUGAAGAGGGGGUGGUUUUGGGGAGACUUGUAUGGAGAGGGAUAUUUUUUUUCCCCUUUUUUUUAUUUUUUUAAUUUUUUCCCCUUUUGGGUUUUUUUUCCCCCCUUUUUGUUUUCUUUUCGUUUUUUGAGAUGGGGAGUGGGUUUGGAGGGGAAAAAAGUUUUGCUUUUUUAUUUUUAUUUUUAACCCAUGAGUCUGUAAUUAGAAAAAAAAAAAUAAAAGACAUUGUAAAAAUUAA